AUGUGUCCUAUUUUUCAGACGGAUGAAGAUAUAUGUUUCGGGUGCGGUCUCCAUAUUGCGGACCGAUUUCUCCUCAAAGUCAACGACCAAUCCUGGCACGUGCAGUGUUUGCGAUGUUGCGUAUGCCAGACGGCACUCGACCGCCAAAACACGUGCUUUAUGCGGGAAGACAAUAUCUACUGUCGUCUGGAUUAUGCGAGGGAGUUCGGAGCAAAGUGCGCCAAAUGUUUCCGGUCCAUCCAGCCAACAGAUUGGGUCCGUCGCGCACGUGACCACGUGUUCCACCUCGCGUGCUUCGCUUGCGACACGUGCAAACGACAGCUCUCCACGGGCGAGGAAUUCGCGCUGCACGGGAGCAAGGUGCUCUGUAAACCACACUUUGUAGAAGCCCUUGAAGGGGGCCCAAAUAAAGAUUCCGAGUCUUCACAGAAAACAAAAACUAAACGAGUCAGAACAACAUUCACAGAAGAACAAAUACAGGUUCUUCAAGCAAAUUUCCAACUCGACUCCAACCCUGACGGUCAAGAUUUAGAAAGAAUCGCCCAAAUUACCGGUCUUAGCAAACGUGUGACACAGGUCUGGUUUCAAAAUUCGAGAGCGAGGCAGAAAAAACAACAACAACAGCAUAACGGAAGUCACUCCAGUCCAGGAUCUCUGACGUCACAUAAAAUGGAGAUAGAUGCCGAGUGUCACUGGGGAAACACAUCAGACAGCCAAGACAGCAAUAAUAUCUCUUUUUCGGACUGA